UCCUUCCUCAAAUUUUAAGCAAUGCUUUCUCUUAUUCAAGAAAAGCAUCUCUUCAAUGCCUCACUACUCCUUCAUUAAAAAAACCACUUCCAUUUUUUCCUUAAAAAAACACUCACCCAAAAACAACAACAAUGGCUUCCCAGAUGUACCUCAAACUCACAAUAUCCCACAUAAAAACCAACCAUUUAUAUAACCUUAAACAUAAAUCACACCCCCACAAACACUUACUGCUUCCAUCAACUUUUGACAAAACACCCAGAAAGUAUGGGAAGUUCAAUCUUUCACUCAAUGUUACAAAUGAUGAUGGAAAUGAGACAUCAUCUUAUUUGGGUAUGUGGAAAAAGGCAAUGGAAAGGGAAAGAAAGGAAAUUGAGUUUAGAAAGAUUGCUGAAAAUGUGGCAAGUGGUGAAGAUGGAAUUGAUGAAGGGGAUUUGGUGAGAAAGGAAAGUGAGUUUUUGAAGAUUUUGGAAGUUGAUAAAGAAGAAAGAGAUAGGGUGCAGAGGAUACAGGUUAUUGAUAGGGCUGCUGCUGCUAUUGCUGUUGCUAGUAAUCUUUUGAAAAAUGAGGAUCAAAAGAUUAAUGAUGAUGAGUUGUAUUCUGGUUUAAGUGUUGAUGAUGAUGUGGAGGAUGAUGGUGAUUUGCAAGUAAAAGGUUCUGCUGGUAUUGGAACUCCAGGUCCAAGUUUCUGGUCUUGGGUACCACCUUCCAGCACAGAUUCUAAUGUCGGUGAUGGAGCCUACUUAGCUUCAAGUAGAAAAACAUCACCAUCUCCCAGUGAACCUAACCCGGUGAUGGAGUUAGAACCUUCUACAAGUCAGUUGUCACUGCCAUUUGAAAGCAAAACAGCGAGCAAUUAUGAUCCCCCUCUUCCACCUUUUCAGUCGCUGAUGGAGGUUGAAAAACAGGAUGUUUCUGGAUCCGUAUCAGAGAGUCUGCAGUUGAAGGAAGAACAAGAAGCUAUGAGUUUGUUUUCAACACAUGCAGAAGAUGCAGCUCAUGCUCUUGCUGAUGUUGAUCCAGUAUCAUCUCAAGGGACUAAACCCGAAGGAUCAAUGUGGUGGAAAGAAACAGGGACAGAGGUAAGACCAGAUGGGGUGGUUUGCAGGUGGACGUUGACUAGGGGUGUUAGUGCUGAUAAAUCUGUGGAAUGGGAAGAGAAAUAUUGGGAAGCUGCUGAUGAGUUGGGUUAUAAGGAGCUUGGCUCUGAGAAAUCAGGUCGUGAUGCUUUUGGAAAUGUUUGGCGUGAAUUUUGGAAAGAAUCAAUGUCACAGAUUGAAGGCUGUCUACAUAUUGAAAAGACUGCAGAUAAAUGGGGAAAGAAUGGAAAAGGUGAUGAGUGGCAGGAAAAGUGGUUUGAACAUUACGGUGCUGGUCAAGCUGAUAAGUGGGCUCACAAGUGGUGCAGCAUUGACCCUAACACGCAGUUAGAGGCUGGCCAUGCUCAUGUUUGGCAUGAAAGGUGGGGAGAGAAGUAUGAUGGGCAAGGUGGCAGUGUGAAGUACACGGACAAAUGGGCAGAACGCUUAGAGGGUGAUGGGUGGACAAAAUGGGGUGAUAAAUGGGAUGAGAACUUUGAUCCAAAUGGCCAUGGUGUGAAACAAGGAGAAACAUGGUGGGAAGGAAAGUAUGGAGAACGAUGGAAUAAAACAUGGGGUGAAGGCCAUAAUGGCUCCGGAUGGGUACACAAAUAUGGAAAGAGCAGCAGUGGUGAACACUGGGACACCCAUGUCCAGCAAGAUACCUGGUACGAGAGAUUUCCUCAUUAUGAUUUUUAUCAUUGCUAUGGAAACUCUGUGCCUUUACGUCAAGUCAAGAAACCUUCUGAGAGGAACUCAUCGUGAGAAUUGUGUAGAGUGUCAUCCAUUAAAUAUAUAAAGAUAGAUAUAGAUAUACAUAGAUAUACAUAUACAUAUUCAUUUGCAUGUAUUGAGUAGCUGUUUGACAGACUCCCGUUCUACCUUGGUUACCUACUGUCAAUUCUUCUUUGGUUCCUGGAAGAUACUUGUAAUUGUUUGUACAUCAGGUGACCUUAUGACAACGAAACAUGUUUAUACGGUAUCUCUUAUGCAUUAUACGUGUUUAUGCAUAUAUUAAACAUAUUUCUAAAAUUGUUAACUUUAGUUA